AUGUCGGCUUCCAGGGCUAUAGUUAGUAUCAGAUACUGUCCUAAAGAAGAAGGUAGAGGCACAUUUGAGGAAUGGAAGUCAUCUGGUGAUAGCAGUCAGUUAACAGCAGUCAAAUGGCUUGAUAAUAAAGGUGUGACCUUGCUCUCAACCCUUGCUGACAGCCAACCAACUCAUACUGCACAAUGUUUUGACAAAAAAAUAAGGAAAGUUAUAGAGAUCCCACAGCUGAACAUAGUAAAAUUGUACAACAAGAACAUGGGUGGUAUAGACCUAGCUGACCGUCUGUUAUUAUUGUACAGAAUUCCAGUGAUAUCAAAGAAAUAUUAUCAUACCCUAAUCUUUCACAUGAUUGACAUGUGCAUUAAUCAAGCUUGGUUGCUCUACAGAAGAGAUUAUGAGACAGCAGGGCUUUCACAGGAGAAAAAGCAUUCCUUACUGUCCUUCAGAAUGUCUGUGUCUGAGUCACUCAUUAGGGCAGAAAAGUAUGUGCCUAAAAGAGGUCGUCCAUCUUCAUCUAAGAAGACAGCUGAUCCACCCAAGAAAAGGCGUCAACAGAUUGGUCAGGUCAGACCACAGAAGGAUGUGAGGUUUGACAAAGUAGGUCACUUCCCUGAAGCAAAAGCUCCUCGUUUGUACUGCAAGUGA